AUGGAAGAAGCAGCGGGCGGCUCUGCCGCUGAAUCAAUACAUCAAGAUGCUGCCUCGACCAUUACCAAGGACGCCAGCAUAGGCAUCGAUACUGUCGGCGAUCUCUCCGUCAAUCCAGCAGAUACUGGAAACGGCGACCACAAAGUCCACUUGGCAGCCCCGCCGAAUGGAAAAGGUGGUGAUCUUGGUGCCAUGCCUACCGGAAAAAAAAAAGAAAAAAGAAAGGCAAUGAAGGAGGCACUUGAAAAAGCCCUCCGGGAGAGAACACAAACAUCCGAGCACCUAGGCGGGGACAAUGCCAUCACAGAGCCCAAUAAGAGACUCCGGUCUCCAAACCGGUUUCCAAACCGGUCCCCCAAGUUCGAACCACAAUGGGGACGUCGGCGGCAGCAGCAGCCCACUGAGCCGUUGGCCAAAGAGCCGCUGGCCAGAGAGCGGUCGCCCAAACGGCCGCCGUCCGAGCAGUCUGGCGGCAUCCCCGAGCCGACAGCAGCCUACCUGGAACAGGCCGCACAGCUGCUGCGGCCGCCUGCAGAGACCCCGCGACCCCUGCUUGUCGUUAUCGACCUCAACGGGACGCUGCUCUACCGGCCGUACCGCGACCGCCCUCGAAUGUUUGUCAUGCGGCCACACGCCGCCCAGUUCCUUGAUUACUGCCUCCAGGCCUUCUGGGUCGUCGUCUGGUCGUCAGCCCGGCCCACAAACGUCACGGCCAUGUGCCAAAAGCUGAUGCAGCCGCCCCAGCUCCAGAAGCUCGUCGCCAAGUGGGGCCGUGAUCGCUUCCACCUCAGCCCCGAGGACUACAACGACCGGGUUCAGUGCUACAAGCGGCUGUCCGCCCUGUGGAGCGACAAGACCGUGGCCCGGUCACACCCGAGCUUUGCUUCGGCUGCCGGCAGUGACCUCUGGUCACAGGCCAACACCGUCCUCAUCGACGACUCGCAGGAAAAGGCACGCAGCGAGCCCUUCAACCUGAUCGCUAUUCCCGAGUUCCAGGGCGAUGUGGCCGAUGCGCCGGACGUGCUCCCGCAGGUCCAUGACUAUCUCAACAAACUAUGCUUCCAGCAGGACGUCAGUGCGUACAUGCGGCAUCAUCCUUUCCGCCUAGACGGUUGCGCCAGCUCCAGCAACGAAAGGGGUAUUUGA